AUGACGAAGAAACGGUUCGAGUGGAAAGCGAUGGGGAAGUUGUGGCGACGAGAGGAAGAACAGGCGAUCACUGAGGAAAAUGUAGAAACAGGUUGCUGAAG